AUGGCCGCCAACAGCCACGAGCUCCCAGAAUGGUUACACCAACUCUUGACCCAAGUCAACCUGGAAGAGAUCACCUCUGCAAUGGAAAAUAUCACUCUGGCUGACUUCACCCGCCUCGUCAAUAUCGCCAAAGGUCAAGAACUCAACGUCACCACCAUUACAAAGCUGUAUGAAGAAGCCAGCAAACUCUCUGGAGCAGGAACUGCUCUCAUCGCUGCUGCUCUUGUGGUUGCUGUUAUUGCUUUUGCNUUCCCUAUGUCUGUGGCUGCAGUGUUCCUUACUCCUCUGGGCUUUACAAUGAACAAUAUUGCUGCUGCCAUGGGCGGUUAUGGUGCUCCUAUCGUUGCAGGUGUGGUUCAGGGAGCUUCUGCCGUCAGUGCUGGUUUCUCAGCCCUCAAGCUCUGGACCAUGGGCAACUGGACCAUGCCUUGGUAG